AUGAUGACUUUGUUUUACUUGAUUCUUAUUUUAUUUAAUAUUAUUCAAAUUGAUAGUUCACUUAAUACAUGUCGUCAAACAUUUGGUCCGAAUAAAUAUGAUCUUAAUCAAUUAAGUCAUUUAACAAUUCUUGGUGAAGAAAAACCAUUUCGUUAUGUUCUUACUCCUUGUGGUUUAGUACCAACAAAUAAAUGUGGAAGCAGCACAUCUUCAUUUGAACCAGGUAUGACUGCAUGUCAAGAGAGAAUUCCAGAUGCUAGAUUUGAAUCAGCUAUGGGCUUUCUUGAUGGAUAUGGAAAAUCACCUAAUCUUCUAUUUAAUGAAAAUCCUCAAGGACCAGGAACUGGAAUUGUUAUGACUAUGCGUAAUGCUUUAUGUAACGGUCAUGAACGUUUUGUUAAUGUUACAUUUAUUUGUGAUGAAAAUAUAAAACAACCAACAAAAAUGAAUGUUAUUGAAGGUCCUAUAUGUAAAUUUAAAAUAAUAGUAAGAGCAGCUGAAGCUUGUCCUGUUAAAGGAGGUAUUACAGGUGGAGGUAUUACAGGUGGAGCUAUUUUUAUUAUUAUAUUGUUUGUUUUAAUUAUUGUCUAUUUGGUUUGUGGAAUUAUAUAUAAUCGAUAUAAACAAAAUCAAACAGGCUUAGCAGUUAUACCAAAUCGAAGUUUUUGGCUACUUCUAGGUGGUAUGUUUGUUGAUGGUUGCAAAUUUACUUGGAAUUUCGUUCGUAAUUGUGCUCAAAGAACAUUUUCAUCAUCAGCGUCAUAUGAAUCUGUAUAG